CAACGGCUAAGUGCCCGCCCUCUACUGCGGAAGCCAAGACCCGCUGGAGCGGUCGCGGGAGCCGGCUCUCGGCGUUGGGAAGUACCUCCGCUUGCAGGUGUUUGCAGAUUUGCACUUCCUGCCCGGGCAUUGGCUGUCCACGUCUUCCUGCAGCACCUCGCUCCUCCCGGCGAGCUCUGUGUGUGUGCGUGCGUGUGCGUGUGCGUGUGCGUGUGCGUGUGUGUGUGUUGCAGUUAGGUGGGAAGAAGGUCUCUCACGGCCGUUUUAGACGUUGGCCUGCAAACAAUGAUGUUUCUACUGUGCUUCUCUAAGGCAGGAAGUCAUUAUGUGACUAACACAUUUUCAUCAGAUUUCCUUUGAUUUACCCUGAAGUGUAUGAGGAUGAUGUGCACUGCCAAAAAAUGUGGAAUUCGAUUCCAACCUCCAGCUAUUAUCUUAAUCUAUGAGAAUGAAAUCAAGGGGAAAAGUCGCCAGCGGAUCAUGCCAGUUCGCAACUUUUCAAAGUUUUCAGAUUGCAGCAGAGCUGCUGAACAAUUAAAGAAUAAUCCCCGACACAAGAGUUACCUGGAACAAGUAUCCCUAAAGCAACUAGGGAAAUUAUUUAGAGUUUUACGAGGUUACUUAUGGGGCCAGAGUUUGGCAGAAACAAUGCAACAGAUUCAACAGGAAACAACCAUCGACCCUGAGGAAGACAUGAACAAACUUGAUGAUAAGGAACUUGCCAAAAGGAAGAGCAUCAUGGAUGAACUUUUUGAGAAAAAUCAAAAGAAGAAAGAUGAUCCAAAUUUUGUUUAUGACAUUGAAGUUGAGUUCCCACAAGAUGAACAGCUACAGUCCUGUGGUUGGGACACUGAGUCAACUGAUGAGUCCUGAUAGCACACGCGCAAAGAGUUGAUUCUAGAAAAUCCAUGUUUAUCCAAAGCAUGCUUCUAGAAAAAUCUCUGAAGAACCCUAAUACAUCUGUGUUGGGCCAUAAUUGGAUUGAUCUUAUUACUUUUGUUCUAAUUUGUUCUAGGGUCACAUUUGCUAGUGUUCAAGGCCUGUUCCUGGCUCAGUGCUCAGAGGUUACUUCUGGCAUUGUUAGAGGGACCAUAUGUGGUGCUAAGGAUGAAACUUUGCAGGCCAUUUGUAUGCAAGCAUGUGCUCCAGCCUGUUGAACUCUCUCUCCAGUCCUGACAGUGUUACUUUUCAGAACCAGGAUACUUAGAGCAAUUACCGAUAAAUGCAUGAGUAUGAGUACUAUAGGAAAAUGACAAUAUACGGUCUGCCUUUAAGAAGUUUACAGGGGCUGGAUUGAUAGCACAGUGGGUAGGGCAUUUGCCUUGCAUAUGGCUGAUCUCGUUUCAAUUCCCAGCAUCCCAUAUGGUCCCCUGAGCACCACCAGAAGUAAUUCCUGAGUGCAUGAGCCAGGAGUAACCCCUGUGCAUCGCUGGGUGUGACCCAAAAUGAAAAAAAAAAAAAAGUUCACAAUCUAAUUAGAAGAUAAGCUAAAUACUUGUAAAAAGCUAAUCAACGGGGCUGGAGCGAUAGCACAGCAGGUAGGGCGUUUGCCUUGCACGCGGCCAACCCGGGUUUGAAUCCCAGCAUCCUAUAUGGUCCCCUGAGCACUGCCAGGAGUAAUUCCUUAGUGCACAGCCAGGAGUAACCCCUGUGACACACACACACACAAAAAGCUAAUCAACAAUAGUAGUUUUAGGCAGCAAAAACAUUAGAACCAAGGGUUUGGUGAAGAUUAAGGAGGGUCAGAAUCUAGAUGGCUACCGGGUAGAAUAUUCAGGAAAGGCUUUAUCCUUUAAUAGAGAGAGGGGACUCUGUCUGACCCUUGAAGUAACAGUACUUGUAGAGAAGCUGGUGUUGGAUUCCAAAUAUAGAAACUCGGAGGGAGAAAACUGCUAAAGAGAUAGGAGUUAGAAUUUUAUUUUGGGGGUUACACCCGGCAGUGCUCAGGGAUCACUCCUGGCAGGGUUCAAGGGACCCAUGUGGUGCCUGGGAUCAAACCCAGGUUGCUCGUAACAGAUCCACUGUAUUAUCUCUUGGUCAGGGGAGUUCAAUUUUUUAUUUGAGAAACAGCAAGCAAAGUUUCACUACAUGGCUUCCAGGGAAUUAUUCUGUAUGCAGUAGGACUUUGUGUGUGCGUAGCUCCAUUUCAUAUGGACUGAUUCUGCAGUAGUAGCUUACCCUGGCAAGAGGCCCUGCAGCUGCAAAUGGAUGGCAUUUGAUGGGCAGCUGGGGAAUUCUGCUUCUCAGCAAUCAGGAAGUGUAUGCUAAAGACACUUGGAAACCCUGAACCUCUUCCGUAGGUAUGAGGUUUAUGUGUAAAAUGGGAACUCCAUUCAUAAGAAAUGAACAACAGCUACUGCCAGUUUAGGCCUAUUCACGAACCCGGAUCUAUGAAGAGAAGGUUGUUUGCUGAACAAGGUUAUAUGUGUACAGAUGCAUCUUGCUUCCUACUGGACUGUUUACUUGGUAGAAAGACAAUGUUCUCUGCAAGGAGAUGAAUUCUGAUUAAAAAAACUGUGAACUGCA